CUUAGUAUUCACUUAUUUUUUUCUAAUUUUUACUAUUAUGAUACCCUUUCCACUCAUUUUGUUAUUGUUAUUAUUAUAUCUUAUUAGUACCGUCCUUGCUGUAUCAGGAGGAGAAGGUACUUAUGCUAAUGCUGCUAUUGAAGGUGCUCAGAUCAUUGACAAUUCAACUCAUAUUCCAACUGGUUUUUAUAGUUUUCGACAUGUUGAAACUAAUAAAUAUCUUCAAUUCAUUGACUUUCAAAAUCAAAUUGUACCUACUGAAGGCAAGAACUCUACCGUAUUCAAUGGUACACUUUGGACAGUUAAAUGGCACGGUGACAAAAACUAUUCCAUUCAUCAUUUGAACCAUGCAAGAUACGAUAAAUGUUUAUCUACUAGGUGGGAUCAUACUAGAGGAAACGAUGAUGCGGGGGUAGCUUGGCAGUGUGAAGUAGACAACAAAACGAUCGAUGAACCUGACUUUGACAUUUAUCCAGGUUUCCAUGGUGUAUACAAUGCAUCUUUACCUCGACCAUUACAUGGUGGUAAAGAACACAACAAUAAACGAUUAGAUCGACGCUAUGUGAAUACGUACGAAGCCAUUCGACAAGACAAACAACAAUGGUUAUUUAUGCGUGAUGAUCCCUCCAAAACGUUCGAUUGGACGAAUGUGGCAUUUGAUCCAGCUACUGGCAAAAAUAAGUAUAAUGGAGAUAUUAUUCAACCGGACCGAAAGAAAAAUCAACAUUCUGGAAGUCAUUUGGUGUAUCUUGUCUCAGCCGCUCAUUUAUGGAAUAUGCGAUCUCGAUGUCUUCAUCCAACAGCAAGUUAUGUAUUUGAUUUUACUCCUAACAAUACCGGUGUGACUAAUUUGGAUUUCUGUCAUUUUGGGAAUCAAUCACUCUUAUGGGAAAUGACAUUAUGGAAACCAAAGGAUUUUGUUUUAGGUGAAGAGCCCAACCCAGAUUUCGUUCAUCCUGUUGUCUCCGUCUGGUCCAUCCUUGGUGCAAGUUAUCCUGGUGAGACCAUCCUUCUUUGGUCUUGUCUUUUAUUGUUUUCUCUAGUUGCUUGGAUAUGGCAUUCUAGUUAGUUAGAUCUUUGUCAAUAGUAUAGACUUGUAGUAGAUUAUAUACUUUUUAAUAAAAGUAAAAAAAAAAAGGUACGACUUCAUAGAUGACACACUUUCA